AUGUUACAUGUAGCACUAUGUGGAGCUCCAAGUUACACAAAGGGAUGUUGGUGCGAGGGUAUCGUCCGUUCUCGGAGGCUGUGCGGGCGCGGCCAGUGGGGCCAGAGGGCGCCAGAGGGCGAGGGGUGGAGGGGGCGGAGUGGCGGCGCUCCGCUCGUGAAGAAUACUACCCCGAUACUCGAGCUAUCGGCCUUCGAUAUGGCACAGGUUAUAACUGUGCGGUUGAACAAAGCAGACCACCAGCCGCUGGGCUUUCGUCUGCAGGGCGGCAAAGAUUUCGGCACACCGCUCGUCGUCCAAAAGGUGAACGGCGGUAGUGCGGCCGAGCGCGCUGGUCUCCAAGCAGGUGACGCGCUCAUCCGAGUCAACAACACUGAUGUGUAUUUACUACGACACCAAGAAGCACAGGAUGCCAUUCGCGCCGCCGGCGUCAACCUAGAACUUACCGUUCAACGCGGCGGCAACACUUGGCGCCCAACAGUCACUCCCACCGGAAGUCUGCCAAGACCUGGAUCAAGACCUAUCGGAGGUUCACCCGCCCUUGUCACCACCACUUCACUUAAGGCCACACCUCAACCCACGCUAGCCUUCGGCUCCGGACACAACAAUGUUGCCAAGCCCUUUGGCUACAUGAACGGCAAUGACUCAGUGAAGAGCAUAGUGAACAAACAGUACAACACACCCGUCAACAUGUACAGCGACAAAACCAUUGCGGAAACACUCUCGGCCCAGACUGAAGUGCUCGCGGGUGGCGUACUCGGAGUGAACUUUAAGAAAAAUGAGAAAACAUACGACUCUGAAAAAAGUGCUGUCUUCAAGGUUUUGCAAGAGGAACAAAACGACCCCGAGCCAGUAGAGGUGGCCCACCAAGGGGGGACACCCGCGCCCUCCACGCCGGUGUCUGGAUUACGUCACGUGCAAGCGCCCGUCACGAGACCUGACGCCCCAGUCAACAAUACUGGAGGCUUGCCCCCAGGACAGAACAUUUGCGAGGAGUGCGAAAGACUCAUCACCGGUGUGUUCGUGCGCAUCAAAGAUAAGAACCUGCACGUGGAAUGCUUCAAGUGCUCUACGUGUGGCAGUUCACUCAAAAAUCAGGGCUAUUAUAACCUGAACGGGAAGCUCUACUGUGACAUCCACGCUAAACUCGUGGCACGCCAGAACCCACCAGCACCAAAUCUCGAACCAGUAACUGUUCCUCCUGGUGGUCGUGUUCCUACCAAUACGUAUUCGACUCCACUACCGCCGCUGGCGACAAACAACUAUUCAAACGGAUCGUCAUCGCUUUUUAGUCCGUCGAGCAACUUGUCAGGUCCAAAGCCGUUCGGCUCAUCCAUCGGUUCAGCGUACUCUCCGUCGCUGUCUCCGCGCUCGGCCCCGCUGUCGCCUGCGCGGCCGGUGGCGGCGCCCGCGCCCGCUCCUCCGGCGGCUCCCCCUCUAGGAGCACCCUUUGCCCCCACACAGAAUGUAAAAAGCGUAGUAUGGCCCCCACCUGCAAACAACUUUGAUGAUGAACCUUCCGAUUACGGCAAAGAAACGACAACGCAAAAUGUAAAAAAACAUACUUUUGACUCAAAAUCUGCAGUUGCUAUUGUUGAACAGCAAGUAGUGGAUCAAUUCGUCACAUCUAAGAAACAAAAAGAAGAAAUAUCUUCCAGCCAUUCGUAUUCGACAGCCACUAUUUCAUCAUUGACAAAAACUUCUCAAUCUGAAUCCGCCAUUCAAAGUAAACAAGUGAAUCAGGAAAUGUCGACUGGUACAAUGCAGUCAUUUUCCCAAAAAUCAUCAGAAAGUCAAAGUUCAACUGUUUAUCAGUCUCAAGCAAAUAUUCAAUCUAUUAAUCAAGAGAAAACAGAAUUUCAAGAUGUUAAUAAAAUACAAACCGCUGUAGCCAAAGAAAACAUGCAGUCACAAAUGACCACAGAUGUGCAAACUACAAAUAAUUUAGUAAUUAACACUGAGUUUGCGAAUAAAGAGGUUCAAGAAAGUAAUAAAAUCGACCUUAAUGAAGUCAAACAAAACGAAACAUCUAUCCAGCAAAAAACAGAAAAUGUUGUUCUUAGUCAAAAAGACACAGAACACAAAACUUUUAGUAAAGAUAAGUACAUUGAUACAAAUGAUCUGUAUAAUCAGACUUUAAGUCAGGAGAAAGCUAAUCCAGAUACAAAUAAAGCUGACGUCGUGCGAUCUAUGGUAGAUGCUUUGACAACUGCUCCCGACCGCCCAUAUUCUCCUUUGCCAACUCCAUCAUUACCUAUUAGCAACAUCGGACAGACAAUUCCAGUUAGCAACACAGUUCCAGAAACAUUCCAACAAACGGGACCCAAUAACGCAGAAGAAAACGUUGAACAUAAACAUGUCACUGACAUAAAUCAAACGCAGUUACCACCCCGAUCCUCGCCUAUGUUUCUACAUGAACAGAAGAGAGGCACAACACCCAUACCACCUAUAAAAACAUACAAUCCUCCAGAAAAAGUACUCCCCCCCAUUCCGAUGCCGGAACAGACAAACCCAUAUAUUCCACCUGAUUUCAAGAUUAUCAUUGAAUCUAAAGAACCUCGUGACACAACUUCUUCACCUUUAGUGGAUGCCUUAACAACAGCACCGGAUAUACCAUUCACACCAACUCAGAUUCAAAACCAAGAAGUAGGAAGAGGAUCACUUAGAGAUGCAUUAACUAUCGCACCUGACAGACCUUAUAGUCCGUUUGGUUCUACCAGUACCAAUCAAACAAGUCAAUACAUGACAAGUUCUGUUUCACAUGUUACUGAAACCAAUUUGUCUGAUAUUAUUAAACCAAUAGCAACUCAAACUUCAACUCUAAUUACUGAUAAAAUACAUUCAGAAUUUUCAGCUAUGCAAAAUACCUGUCAAUUGCAAUCGUCCGCCGAAAUGUCAGCAUUUAGACCAGUAUCAAAACAAAUAUUCACACCACCACAACCUGAAGAGUUUUGCAAGCUUUCAAGCUUUCCUCCAAUAAGCAAUGACAUAAAAACUAGUUUUGCUCAGGCUACUAAAACAAAACAGGAAACAAUGUAUUCAGAAUCAAUGGUUAUGCAACAUUCUUCAGUUUCCAGUAGCAUGGAUACUCAAUGUUUUUCGUCGGUGAAAAACGCCCAAAAUUAUUUUGAACAAUUGGACAAAAAAGAAUCCUUGACAUCCAGCGCAACGAGAUCCAAAUCAGGAUUACAUAAACCAGACAGUAUUCCUCCUUAUCAGAGAAAUUUUGAACAAUUGCCUUCUCAAAGGGGAAUAACCCCAGAACUUUACAACGCACCAGCUGUUUUGCAAAGGCCAGUAACGCCGACAACUCAACUACCGCGAAAAUCCAAAGAAAAAUCCUUUGAACCAAACUCCACUCACAUUAAGCCUGAAGUACCAGUCACUAAGAUUCCCCAAUUAAAAACACCAGUUCCUCAGUCUGAACUGGUUCACUUUCAUAAAGACACUCCAAUAACCAUGACAUUUCAACCAGUAACAGAUGAAAACUUUUUAAGAUUUACACCUUCACGUAGUCGUCCAAGUACACCAAGUUUAAUUAAUAAACCAGCACCUAUAAUUCCUCAUUACCAAAUGAAUUUAGUAACAGUAGAACACCUGGCACCAGAGAGUCAUUUGUAUGAGCCUUCUAGUCGAGAAGCUAGUAGGUCACCUACACCAAAACCAAGAUCACGAUCCCCCGCCCAAGGACCUCCUCCCAAUCCAUUAAAAGCACAAGCACCACGAGUUAAAGAAAACUUUCCGCAAAACUAUACUUCGGAAUCAUUUAUGUCACAAGAGUCUUCAAAUAAAAAACAAAAUGAGACAGAACAGCGGGGCUUCCGCAAUGCAACCCUAUUAUAUAAUGCUAAUGAUACCAAAAAUUGGAACCAAAGUCAAAUUUACCCAUCUGUAGUAAAAGAGCAAAAACAUACGAAUGUUGGAUAUAAAACGGAAAACUACUCAAAGGACGAUAUGAAAAUAAAGGAAGAUUCUCUAUUCCAAGAAAAUUAUGGACAAAGACAAAUGCAAUCACAAAAUGUUACUGAGCAAGGCAAUACUAGAACGCAUACAACCAGAAAGACGUUCGAAGAAUUUGAAAGAACGCAAUCAGCAAAGAUGGUCGAAAUUCGUAAAGGAGGUUCAUCAUUACCUGGAGAAUUUGAACAUCUUGACUCCAAUAUUAGGCCUUCAAACAUUAAUCAUAAACAAGUCUUUCCACCUCCCCUAAUAUCUGUGUCGCCAACACCACAGAGUUCAUCUUUUAACCAAACUAAUCCAAAUUUUACAUCCGCCGCCGCCAGUAGAUCAUUUGAAAAUUAUGAACCAACAAAACCUUCGAUUUCUGGUGCUAACCAAGGUCCAGUGUGUGAUCCUACCCCAUCGACAGGUUCGAGUGUAGGAGCUGCCGCUCGCGGCAAAACUUUCGGUGUAUCAUCCGCCCCAAAACGAGGACGGGGAGUUUUGAAUAAAGCUGCGCUGCCGGGUUCCCGCGUGCCUCUGUGUGGCUCCUUUAAUGAACUUCUGGCUACAAGCAGUCCACAUAAAACGGAAUUUAAAAGUCCAGCAGAAGAGAGGCUUAUUAGAAAAAUGGCAAAAAUGGCUCUAAACGGUUAUGAAAUAGGUAUACAGCGAAAAAUUAAACCGGCUGAUCACAUACAAUCCAUGGCCGACAAGAUACAAGAUACUGUUGUAACUAAACAUCCAUUGAAUACAGAUACACCACCUACUCUGGAAAAUCACUUGGCAAAACCAUCAGAAAGAGUAUUUAAAAAACCUGACAAUAUUAGUGAUAAAAUUAAAGAUCCUCUGAAAAAUAAUCACACAACCGAAUAUCUACCUAAACCAAAUAUUUUAAUACCACCACCCUUGCCGAGUUCCCCAGUACCAAUUUUUAAUGUUCACAACACUAACAUUGGAAUUGCCAUUAAUACGGAUGAUGAUAAAAAAAAGCAAGAAAUUGUGGCUAAAUCUACAUAUUCUAAUGUUACACCUGACGAGCGCAUAGAGAGAGCAGACAAAUAUUACAACGGAAAUGGCUAUUCAAGCAGUGAAGACUCUUAUAAAGAUAAAGUGGAACACAACUACACCGGUACAUUAAAAAAAACUGGUCUCGAUAAAUCAUCUUUUCUUAAUAGCAUGAAUGGCUUCAAUGGAAAUCAGGAUAAUAAAACAGAAUCAAAAUUAGAUAGCGUAUAUUCUAACACGCUUAAUAAAAGAAAAUUGUUUGAAAAACCAGAGAAUAUUUCUAAUAGUUCGACCAAUGAAAUUAAAUCGAAUGAAUCGAAUACACGAAAUAAGACGAGUGUGUUUGACCUAAAUUGUAAAACUGAAAACGCAAAGAAUACAUUUAUCCAUAACGAUGAGGACUCUAAUAAAAAGAAGGAACUUCCUAACCAUUUACAUAACAAUUCACUAUAUACUUUGAAGACUUCUCCAAACAAUGGCAUCCAAUUUAAUGGUGUUGAGCGAAGUAACAACCAUAAGGAUAAUACAAAGCUUCAUGCGGAUGAAACAAAGAGCUUAUCCGAUAUUGAUGAGAAAACUCAUCAAGAAAAUAAUGAUGAGGAAGUAGUUGUAAGAAGAAGGCAGAAAAAAAAUAUAAGAAACGACGAUGGCAGACGAGACUCUCAUAUAAUUGCACGACCUAUGAGCACCAUACAAUGCGCAGAUGUAGCAGACGGACUUUAUCCUGUAUGCCACAAAUGUGACAAAGCCAUAACCAGAGGUCCUUUCAUAACGGCGUUGGGGCGUAUCUGGUGUCCAGAACACUUCAUUUGUGUAAAUGCGACAUGUAGGCGCCCGCUCCAGGAUAUUGGAUUUGUGGAAGAAAAUGGUCAGCUCUACUGCGAAUUCUGUUUCGAACAAUACAUCGCGCCUGCUUGCGAUAAAUGCCAUGCUAAAAUAAAAGGCGACUGCUUAAACGCUAUUGGCAAGCACUACCACCCGGAAUGCUUUAACUGCGUUUACUGCGGAAAACUGUUCGGCAAUAAUCCAUUUUUCUUAGAAGAUGGAUUGCCCUAUUGCGAAGCUGAUUGGAAUGACCUGUUUACUACAAAAUGUUUCGCUUGCGGCUUCCCCGUGGAGGCGGGCGACAGGUGGGUCGAGGCGCUCAACAAUAACUACCACAGUCAGUGCUUCAACUGCACGGUGUGCAAAAAGAACCUCGAAGGACAGAGCUUCUUCGCCAAAGGAGGUCGGCCUUUCUGCAAGAUACACGCCCGCUAA